CUGUAAAAAAUAAAGAGACUUAAAUAGGUACCGUGUACGUAGGUUUACACAAUAAGAUCUUUGAACAUAAAUUAAUUGUAUAUCCAUUGAAACAUCAUGUUACUGAUAAAUGAUAAUGAAUAAUCAAAAAGAUAAGAGAUAAAAGAUAUAACAAAAAAUAUCGUAGUUAUAGUAGGAACCUAAUUAUUACAAUUUAAUUAAACGAACGCAAUAUGUCUUGCGUUCAAGAACAUUUAAUUUAAAGAGUCCUAAAUGAAUUGAAAUUGGAUAUAUAGAAAUGCACAGAAGUACAACUUUGUCUGAGAUCGUGUCGUCCACUUUUUCUUCUAACGCAGAUGAAGUUGAACCACACAGCAAAAAGCGAAAGUUUGCAGCAAAAGUUGGUAUAGGAGUAAUCGAGUUUUUAGUUUGUUCGUUGUACCAGUGUUAUGGAAUUUUAUUAGCAAAAUAUAUCCAAAUUGGCACAUAUACACUUCAGAAAUUAAUAUGGACAACGAUGAUAUACUUGGCAGCAUACCACAUUACAGCACCAUUUUCACAGUGUCUAAUAAAAUGUAUGGAGGAAAGAGGACAUUUUCACUACAAAAUCGUAAUGACGAUUUCUGCCUUGUUGCUAGCAGUUGGUAUAGUAACACCUCCACAUUAUCUUUGCUACGGAAUAUUCGGAGGAAUACUUUCCAAUAUAAUAUACUCUCAUCUAAGACACAUAGCGAGGAGAAAAUUAAAGACCACAGAAAAAGCAUUCGUAGGUAACAUUCUAUCAGCCAGAGCUAUAAGUUUGCUAAUAAUGCCACAUAUUAUCCUGCUGUUGGUAGCAAAUUUCUCCAUGGACAAAGCAACCAUGAUUUAUUCAGCUAUUAUUUUGAAUAUAAUCCCUGGUGUGUUGAUCAUCAAACUACCCAAAGAAAAUUUAACGAAGUUUUCUUUUGGCGAAACCAAUAGAUAUCAAACCUUACCAGCAUUUUCCCAACAAAUCAAAGAAAUGAAAGUUUUCUCCACAUCGGGCAACACUUCAGACAUGCACAGUAUCAACAAAGCCAACGACAACGAAUCAAAUGAUGACGACACAGAUGAAGAUUCAGAAAGCGAAGAAGAUGUCGAAGACGACCUUUUAGUUCACGAAAAGAACAUGCAACAUAACGAAAACAAAACAGACGAAAUAUCUUCAGCGCCAACAGCACUAAAUUCUAACGCAGUUCAAAUCUAUUACAGCCAAGCUGGUGUUAGCAUUCUACCGGAAAUACCCGAAGAAGAAGAAGGCGUUGAAGAGAGUAAAAACAUAAACGUUAUAAACACCAAACGGUUGAGUAGAAUAAGCAUGGCUUUGGAGGAAUUGAACAGUAGAGAAAGGAAAGAAUCUAUCAAAGAACUGGUGGUACCAAAAGAAAGUUUUAUUAAACCAGAACCAAUACAGAAUAUUGAGUAUAUAUCCAAUUAUACUGACAGGAAGAGAUUUAUCAAGGAUUUGAAAUUUACGAAUAAAGGAGCUUGUUGUUCUUGUUCGCCUUAUACGUUAUUCGUGUGGAAGAGAAGGAUGAGAUCUUGGAAAGAUUGCCUUAUAGAUACGCUAUUCAUUCCGAUUUGCAAAUCUCUCGCUGACCUUCAUUUUUAUCCAACUCUUUGGAGCAAAAUUUCUAUCAAUAUCAGUUCUAUAUUGUUUAUUUCACUGACUCCUUAUGUAACGCUGCUGAAGAAUGAGGGAUACAAGAGCGAAGAUAUGGCUUUUUUGUUGUCUUAUACAGCGUUUUCUUGGUGCCUGUCGUUAAUUCUGAUGCCGCUGUUGAUGACUUUCACAGCUGUGAAGUUGAGAAUCACUUUUAUUGUUGGAUUGGUGUUAUCCAGUUGCAGUAUGUUAUUGCUUACGAAAAGGAAGAUGACCAACGACUUCAUAAUCUGGAGCUCGUUACUGUUCGGCUUCGGUUACGGUUUAACGAGGUUCACUGAAAACUUCGUAUACAAGGCGUUCGCUGGAAAGAGGAAAUACGUACAAUUCGAAAGGACUCUCGACAUGUUGAGUGGUAUUUUUGUGAUAUUAAUCUAUUAUUUCGUGUAUAUUAAUAACGUCGAUGUAGUCGGAUGGUUUCCCAUUAUCUCGUCAAUAACUUACGCUGUAAAUGCGAUAAUUUGGGUGGUCGUUCCCGUUGUUAAGGAAGCUAUGAUUUUUUUGAGAAAGUAUUUCAGGAAGAGAAGUGAUAGCAGUACUAUUUUGUAAUUAUUUAUGCCCACAAAUUUGUUUAAGAAUAUUAAUAUUUUAUAAUAAAUGUUUUUUAAAUAAGGAUUA